CCUGUUUUCACCCAGUUAAACGCAUGUACUUAAAAGACAGGCCACUACCAUUCACCAACACAAGCACGAUCCAAACAGUAUUCAUGUCAGAAAGGUAAGAUCACUGCUGCGGGGGACUCGGAUCACUGGAAGUGGACCAUGGCGGCUGCCACGAGCAGCAACACAUCCACAGCCACGCUACAGAUCAAGCACUCCAGUAUCGAGCAUACGCGGAAACGCAUAGACCCAAGGAGGAGACAGGCGGCGUUGUCUUUUCUCAGCAACAUUUCUCUAGAUGGAAGACCCGUGCAAGAUGAUGCAGACAAUCAAACCGAGGAGGAGAACUCUCUGGAAGCUAGGACUAGACAGAGCCUGGUUUCUCCGGAGCGCUCGGGGUACGGGGCUGCUGGCGUCGCCGGAGCGGCUGCUGCUGCUGCGGCCGCGGCGGCUGCGACCACGGCCGCCCAGGCGCUCGCCUUUGCAAACCAGGCUCUCCUCGCAAGCACCCGGGCCAGCCUCGGGACGGGUCCUGCAGCUGCCCUGGUGGGCUCAGACACAGAGGGAGACGCUUUCGUGCCGUCGACUUUCAGCUCGCCUUUCUCCGCGGUGCCAGCCUCGGCCAGAGGGAGGCUGCAGACGUACACUCAGGGAAUCCUACCUGCCCACUACUCCAGGCAAAGCUCCCAAAACUACAGCCUGGAGGGCGGACAGAUAGCCAACUCUGCCAUAGAGCUGCAGAGGUCAAGGUAACUGUGUGAAUUUUAAUUGCUGUCUGGUGUACCGUAUGAUUGGACUGAUAAGGGUGUCCAAGGUGCAUGCUUACAGUCUGCAGGAUGUACACAGUUGGGGCGUUAAACUGCUCACUGAUGUUAUCACAGCAAGCAAACCAAAACCCAGCCAAAACAACCAAGAAGCCUGCCACUGUGAGCAUGCAGCAGCAGACAGUCCAUAUGCAUGUUUGUUGAAAUGAGCCCUGCAGACAGCUUUAGAGUCAGAUCAUGAUUUUACUUGUUGAAUGUUUGAAGAUUAUGUUCCUCACAGUUAUUACAAUAAGAUGUAAAUCAUAGACUACUUCAUCUGGUACAGCUUUUAGGUUUCUGUUUCCAACCACUUCACCAUGGCCCUGAAUGAAUGAACGAACUCAGAAUAGUUUCUUUUACAGUCAGCUGUUUUUAAAAGGUACUUUCGGUUCCUGGCAACAAAUACUGCCUGGACACAACAAUGCACACCCGGAGGAUUAAGUUCAGCUGUUAGUGUGUUUGCUCCAUGCAGGUGUUUGUAGCCUUAUGAUUCACAGAGAUGGAUAGAUCCAGUCUGAUUUCAGGUCCAGCAGCUGUGGAGCCUUAACCUAGUUCCCCCUAGAGAGGGAGAGAGAGAGAGAGCUCAGCAGCACACCUCAUUAGUUCUCACAUUCCCUCAUGCUCUUUGUCAAAUUUUACUACACCUCAAAUUAUUUUUAGUGAAUGUUAUUCCAAAUCCUUCCCCACACCUGCUGCCCGCUCCUCUGUAAACAUCCUGUAACUCUACACUCCUCUUCAUAUACAACAGGGGCUCGCUUCUCCGUGUGCGUGCCUUUUAUUUGCCCUCUUUUUUUUUCCACUCCGUCCUCAUGCUGGAGGAGAGUUUGGAGGGUCUGACCUCGCCGCAGGAAAGCUGUCAGUAACACUCGUCUCAUGGUCUUCUCACUGUCAGAACCUGCUGUCAAAUCCCCCCCUCUCUGCUUUCCAUUCAGUGCUGCUCUCUUUCCCAAAUCCUCUCCUCCCUCUGCUGCCUCUGCCAGACUCCUCAGGAAGCUCUUUUUUUCUUCAUACGGCAACACUCAGUGAGCAUUUAGUUUCCCUUCCUGAACUCAUGGAAAUUACACUGCUGAAGUAGUCUUAAUCUGUAGUUUUUGAAGAAAAUUGAACCAUUAGAGAAGUUAUAUAACUCUCUUAACACGAUGAAAUGUCAAAUCUCCCGAGCACUUUUUAGACCUCUUAUAUCCUGAUAGUUUCUUCAUGAUGAUAGAAAUAGCAGGUGAUGGAGCACUUUGACUAGAAGUAGGGAUGGGAAUCAAGAACCGGUUCUUCUUGAGAACCAGUUCCAAAUGGUUCAAUCCAUCGACAUCAUUUACAUUUUAUCUUAACAAUUCCUUUCUCCCGAACAAGAACAGAGACAGAGAAAAAAGCAUGGCGGACGGUAUGAAAAGUAGGCAGAAAUGAUCUAAAACGUGGCUUAGUUUUACUAAGAAAGACGACAACAGCGCAACAUGCAACAUUUGUCGAGCAGUGAUAACAUGCAAAAGUGGAAACAGCCGAAUCAUGCUUAAACAUUCGUCAACAAGGCACGGUAUCAAAUACAUACUUUUUUAUGUUAUCAGAGACUCAAUCAAAUUUUGAGUUUACGAUAAAAAGCUAUAGUCUACCUUUUUGUUUUUAUUAAAUCAAAGAAAGGUAUUAAUAAGGGAAUCAUUAAAGAAUUGAAUCGAUAAGCAGAAUCAAAAAUGGCAUUGAUAUCGAUAAAAUCUUAUCAAUUCCCAUCCCUAACCAGAAGGUCCAUAAAUUGCUUCUCUGGACUCAUCUAAGUCUUUAAAACUCAUGUCUGAGUGUCCAUUUUGGCCCCCCCAAAAGUGAUACCUCCAAUGACUGCUACUUUUGCUCAAAUCUGUUGUCUGAAAAAACAUAUUUUCUGCAGAAGUUAUUGUCGAAGUUUGUCUUCACCAUGCUGUAAAUGACCGCUUCUGCCCCCUCACAGCAGUUACAGGCAUUAAAAACAGCAGCACAGAAAUUGCAAUCUUUUUGCUGAUGGUUUUGUUUACUUUCAUCAGCCAUAAAGAGGCAUCGCUGUUAAUUUCAGUCUGUUGUAUAACCUGUUAUAAAGUCCUCACAGGAGCUUUAAAAGUGCUUGAAAAUGAACAAAAAACAACUCCUGGAUUGGAGAUACGAGUAUGUGGAUUUUUCACCUGCUGUUCUUUAGUUCAAGAAUUCACCCCUAGUCCUGAAAUGAACGCUGUUGGGUUCAAAUAUAUAUAAAUAGUGGUAAUGAACAAUGAUAACUUCUCCUUGCCUGUUUUUAAAAGUUUUAUUUAACAAAUAUGUGCUCUUGGAUACUUGAAAUGCCCCAAAUAACAUGUUUUUCAGGCAGGGUUUGUAAGGUUCAGUGCCCAGUCCUGCCACAGUGUAACAUGUCUGGCAUCUCAGUGCUCCACAGCCUUUCUUUUCUGCAGUCACUUGACCCACUCUGAAGUUGUUAAACCCCGACUGUACCCUUCUUUUGGAAUGUGCUUGGAGGACAUCCAUGCAAAAUGAGUUCUAAUGUAGAAAAGUAAGCAACCUGUUGAUGGAGCAUGGCCAUAUUCCACCGGCGCGCGGACAGACGAGCGCUGCGCACAGUGCCGGGUUUGUUUUCUGAGGGCAGCUGGUGGAAACGUGUCCAGAGGUCCCUGGCUGGGAGAGGCAGGAUGCCCAGGCUUUCUGAGAAGCAGCCUGGCUCUGGGCUCUGUAUUUUUCUGUCCUCCACUUCCUCUCCCAGGGGCAUCAGAGACACACUCUCCCCUCAGACUUUUGGCCUUCAGCGCUGCUCCCAUUCAGGAAGUCGCAGAGUCUCUGAUGUGCAGCCAGAAAAGACUCUCUGAAGCCAGAACUGCUUAAGACCAUCUCCUCAACAGAAUUUAAUGCAUGAAAGUGAUGGAUGAUUUCUUAUUCAGCUUCUCCUCUCAUUCCUCGGCCAUCAUCCAUCAUGAAUCAGCAUGCCAAGGGCUACGCUUUAAAAAUAGCAUUUCUAUUACCACCAGGCUGUGUCUGCUCAGAACCAUCCCUACCUUUUUUUCCCCCCUCUGAAACAUACACAAAGAUGAAUCUUUUUCACAUCCUCUCUCGGUAACAUUCCUGUCACCUUGUAAGUGCAGAAUCAUGUACGUUACAAGCUCUGUGUUAGCAUGAGGCAGCAGAGGCUGUGGCUGGAUAACAAGCUGCACAAGCCAUUAUAAUGGUCCUGCGGAGUUUUGUGCGAUUGGGUCACAUACUUCUGGUUAGGAGCCUGAUUGUUGCUUGCUGAGGUCAUGGUUGGCAUAAUUACAGGAUUAUAUAAGAAUGCCUCAUUUUCACCGAGUCUCUCAAUGUCAGAGCUGUCAACAAACACUGUAAAGCCCUCAAGAUUUAGGGGAAAGAAAACAAACUCAAGAGUAAGCAGAACAUAUGUUUUGUUUUCAUGCAGUUUUGAAGUUAGGCCCUGGGGUGAAAUUUCCACCUUGUUACUUGUUCUGUUUUUCCCUCCCAGCAGCUAACACUUCCAUGUUCUGUGUGUGUAGUGUAGUGUAGUGUAGUAUUUCUGAGCUGCACAAGUGACUUCUUUAUUUCUGUCUGUCUGUAUCUUCCUUUUGCCUUUCUUUCUUUUUUAAAUCUGCAGAUGCAAUCCGUUUGUUCCCUCAGCGUGUUUCAGCACUGGCAGGGUGGCUUUUUCAACUUUAUCUCAAUAAUCACAUUUCCGUUUUCCUGGAUUUGUAUUUGAGCGAAGAAGCUUAGAUUGUUAUAUUUAUUUCCACUCUGGCAAAGUGGAAGACUAUGUCCUAUGGCACGCUGCCAACAGGGCGUACGUGUGAAAGUGUUUAAUCUGUACAUCCAAACAGUUCUCUGGAGUUUUAUAGCUCUGUUGCAUGGCACCCCUGGGAAGGAUCAUCAAUGACUUCUUCUGCAGUGUUUCUGUUGCAAAAGGAUGACUUUGUGUUUUCAGUAGCUGCAUUUACAAAGCACAUAUAAACAAAGUCACUUGUUGUAACACUAGCAGGAAUUGUGACAGAGAGACCGAGGGGUACGUGUUGAUCUAAAGCUUCUUUAAACACGGCCUUGUUAAUGCCAAACUGGGUAAAAACCGACGUUUCUAACCAAAGUUGUUCAUGUUGUGUCCGAGGUGAAUAAGUGGCCUGGCUUGUGUUAUUGUUUCCACACUUCGCACCGGCCUGAAAACAUCUUUUGCACUAAAAACACGUCCUGCUGCUGUUCAUCUACAGUGCCCGGAUCAAAGUCCUCAUGGGUCACUUUUGCCUCCAUGAACUGGAAAAUGCCCUUUGGCCGAGUGGUGACAGAUUUUUGAUAAACAGAAGCUAAUUAUCAUGAAGACUGAACACAAACAGUCUCAAUAAGAGAGAUUUUUUUUCCCCAAAUACAUAAAUAACAAGUAAAUUUUUUUGUUUGUGCAAUUUUUAUACUUAUUUUUACACCUUAUAAUUUUUAGAUGCUACUUUUUUCUUCUGUCACAUUUUCAGUGCAUGUCAAAGCACUUUGUAAACCCUUGUUUUUGAAAGUGCUACAGAAAUACUGUUGGAUAAAUGGAUCGAAGAUUACGUGAUCCUCUUUAUUUGUUUGCGGUGUACUCUGAUAGAAAAACAUCUGACCCUUUGGUCUAAAACCCCUGAUUUAUUUUUACUAAUUCAUGCUAAAACUGUUUCCAUUAAUUGGACUAGAAGGUCAUAACGUGGUAAUAACUCUGAUUUAAACUGCGUUAAACUGUAAAUUAUUUGCCAUAGAAUCAAUACUUUAAAAAGUAAAGCAUAAUAAUUGUCCAUAUGUACGUUACUAUGAGUCACUUUUUUUAAAUAGGGCAUUUGGUACAUUGCUUUAAUGUAAAAAUACAGGUUAGUCUGGCUUCAAGUCUUUAGAUUUAAUCUCUACUUUUGUUGUCCAUUUUGGGUAAGAGGCUAAAAUGACCUGUUUCGACUUUCUAAUCAGCUAAUGACAACAUUUCUUGCCAAUAUCUCUCUUCUUUUUUUAAAGUGUGCUAACAAAGAGAAAAAUGUCUGAUUACGUCGAUUGGUCUAAAAGCUUUAUUCAAAGUGAUGAAGUAUAACAAUGCCAAAACGCAGAGAGAAGACUACAAGCCUUGUUCAUUCAGACGGUUUGUAGUCUCUGAUCUUUAUCCAACCGAUCCAUCUUUCAGGGCCGUCACAGGAGGAGAAUGAUGAUGUAAGACUAUAAAUCACGUGAUCCCACUCGUCUGACCUUCAGGCUGAGGUCGGGGCCCUUUCAUUACGACCCUUUUGGCUCCCACUAGCCGAGCCGGUGUUGACAUCAGCUGCUAAAAACCGGCUGUUCAGUUUUAAACCAAAGUUUGAGCUCUUAGCUUCACGUUGCUGAUCCUAAAGUUAUAACAGACAUAGCAGAGGGUUUAGCCAAUGUUACGGCCCUCAGGUUUUCAUCUGCUUUAACAGUCUAGCUCCUCAUGUUAACACUUAUCUCCACCGUCUUAUUAGACAGUGUUCACUUAGCGUUUGUUGGUUUAAACCCCAGGAGAUCUUCAAGGACAGAGUCAUCUUUUGUUAAUCUAUCCUCAUGCUCUUGUCAUUUAUUAACCAGACACUCCUCUGUUACGCUCUUCUGUUACGCUCCUCUGUUACGCUCCUCUCCCUCCCCCUCUGGGUAAAAUCCUCAUUGAAGAGGGGUUCAGUCAGGUCAAGUGUCACCAGCUCGUCUGGGUGCUGCAGGGUCUACAGCUUUACAACCCAUACUGAAUUGUGGAAAAGUCUAACAAAGAUCAACACAGUGUGAACAGUCAUUUUCUUUUACACCCUGAGUGGCCUUGCAGUGAGAAACUGCGGAUUUUAUUAAGAACUCGAUGACAGACCCUUUUCACCGUUUUUCAUUUCCACUACUCCAAAUCCAGCCGCUUUGUGAGGCUGACUAAUGAGUUGGAUUAUGUUGUUAUUGUGGCGCUAAACAUGCAAUUACAACCUAAUUUUGGUAGAGCUCAUGCACGCUCAGCUAUCACAUGUGGGUUUGUUUCUUAAACUGGCAGCCGGUCAUAUGAGUGCGGUCCAGCAGACUUAGCUUGUUGAGUCGUGCAACCUAAGUGUGAAAUAAAGGCCAUCUGUGACAAAAUGUGUUACACAAAGUGCUCGAAAGUGCAGCGCCAGAUCGUUAUCCUCUUAGCUGCCCUGAUCCUCGGAAAAGUCUUUGUGAUUUACACAAGAUCGAGGAGUGAUCAUUGACCACACAGACCCAACAGAGGUGUUGAUGGAUAGUCGUAACUGAACCAGACGAGACUUGUUUCUGUAAAUUAACUGCAGAACACACACGCAGACUGGUGAUAAUUUUACGUCUGUGUUUGACCUUUUGUUCCAACGCCUCCAUUGACCUUACAUAAACUUCAGUCAAGGGCUGUUUUUGCUUUUUUAGGUCUUUAUGUCCAAACUCGGAAUGACGUCACACCUGAGCUACCGACGUUUCAGUUACCAAGUCGGAAAAAAGCAAAAUCGGAGGCGGAAACAAGAUGACUACAUCUAUGAAAGUUAUUUCAGCGCUUGCGUUGUCCUUGCUUGUAUUCGGACAAGGCAAGCACUAGAGUAACUGUAGCCAUCUUGUUUCCACCUCCGAUUUUGCUUUCUUCCGACUUAUGCUGGUAACUCAGGUGUGACGUCAUUCCCAGCUCGGACUCCUGACUUCCGAGGUAACUCGAACGCAGCAAAAAUGUGUCUGUAGAGUCAUGAAUCAAAUGUUUUCAUUCACUUUAUACCUAAAAUUUCAGGCUCAGAUUUUUUUAACUUUUGAAAACUUUUUAGGCACAGUUUCUUAUCUUACAGAAAAAGCUUAAAAUUUAUUUUAUUUCCCAAACUAUCUAAUUAUUUAUGCCUCUUACCCCAUUUGAGGUCUCAGAAUCAGAAACACUUUAAUAAUCUCCAGGGGGAAAUUGCUUUUGUUACAGUACUGCAGUGCAAAUACAGUAAAAGUAAAAACAGUAAAAACAGUAAAAGAGGAGAUAAAUGAUAGAUAAAAUAAGUAAAAAUAUAUAGAUAAUAUACAAGUAUUUACACUAUAAACAACACAAAUAGUGACAUGGUAUGCAUAGUCUCAGAGGGGGAUUGAGUGUAUCCUAACUGUCAUUGGGAGUAACGCAGGGUUGACCCUGUAGAGAUCGCCUUUAUCACAUGGCUAUGUGGUGUUGUGUGGUUGAAAUCCACUGCAUUGUUUGUAAAGAUUGACAUAUCAUUUUCUCCUAAAAACGGACUGUGGGGGAAAAAAAUAGAUCCAUUUUCAGUGUCCACUCUUGCUAUUUAAGGUUUCACUUUUUGUUAAAUCAAAUUACCUCCCAGUGCCAAGUCUUUGAGGUCCAAGAAUGGAUUCUUGUUAUCAUUGUACCAGUUAGUUUCUGUGUUUUGCAGAAAGACCUCAGUUAGUCCUUGGCUUGUUUUGAUUUGUCUUCAUGUCUCCUUCUGUUCAGGCGAAGACUCAUCUCUCAGCGCUCUUCACUUGAAACACUAGAGGACAUUGAGGAAAAUGCUCCUCUGCGAAGGUAGUGAACGACACACUAAUAUCAUAACAUUCACAUGGUCUGCUGUAGAUUUUGUGUGCGCUGUAUCCCACACAAGCAAAGAGUUUCUGUUUCUCCUUGGUAAUGAUGUGUGCUGUUUGUUUUACUCUUUAGAUGCCGGACCCUAUCGGGUUCACCCCGACCAAAGAGCUUCAAGAAGAUCCACUUCAUAAAGAACAUGAGGCAACACGAUAUGCGCAAUGGAAGGUAUGAAGGCAAACAGGACCAGCUCUUAGUCAAUACAAGUCCUGAGUGUAUAAUGGCGGGCUGCCCCAGUCAAUGCACUGCAGUUUGGAUGUUACUCACAUUACAGGCCACAUUGUACUCAUCAGGCCCGGCCCACUCACAGCAUGUCAGUACUCACUAUUAAUGAAAUGUUAUUGAUUGAGAAUCUUGCCUUUUUGCAUAGAGUGUAAUCUGAUUACAUUUUACUUUACUUUUUAUUUGAUUCGAUGCUAAAAUAUCACAAAAAAAUCACCCUUACUUAAUCUCACAGUUUACACGAGCAUGCAUGCAGCACAAAAAUCCUUAAAUAUGAAAAUAAAUGACAUAACAAUGUUUUUACUUAUAUAUACUGGGUGAAUUAAGGCAAAGAACGUGUACCUGAGGAAGGAUGACCUCUUUACUGAAACUGAAUUAAGUUUGUUUAUCUGUGCUGCAGAGUCCAGUUGUGGUGGCUACAGUGGAAAUAUUUUUUAAUCUUAACUUCUUACUAUUCAGCGUUUUGGGACUACAGAGGAGUAGAUCUUUGUUGUCAACUCAGUAUCUCGUAUUUGUUCCAUUUAGAGGAGCUGCAUUUGUUAAAUAAAGUCACCUGAUAGGUGAGGUUGUUUGUCUUCUUAUCCAGGCACAUGACUUUCUUGUGAUUAUGUCCCGGUGUUUAUUUUGGUUGGGGAAUAAAGAUUCACCAUGUGUGUUGAAGCUGUUCAAAGUAGUACUUUAAAGUAAUGCUACUGUAUGCUAAUAACCUCUGGUCAUUGAGGAACAACUCUCACUGGAUACUUUACAAAAACACAUGUACGAGUGAGUUCUUCUUUAAAUAGCAUGUGAUAACUCAAGUUUUUAAAAAGUAUAAGAAAAAUGCAUCAUUGUUUCCCCCAAACCCCUGACUACAUGCUCCGUGAUCUACUCCACUUUAAACACAACACCCUCACAUACUGAUGUUUCAGCUCAUUCUCCUCUUUCUCAUGUUAAAUGCACACUUUCUCCAGCUUUGACCUGUGGAUCUUGUCACAUAGAUAUUGAUUAGCUUGUUUACCGUUUUUGUUUUUAUAGGAUAGUCCUUAUCAGUGGCAGAAGAUCCUUCUAUAGUGUAUUUUCUGUCCUGCCCUAUCGAGAUUGUAGCCAAGCAGGGUAUGUAUCCUACAGCAUGCUAAACUUUGUAACCUCCUCAAGCCUGUGCUCCCUCUUUCCCUUUUGUUUUUUUUCUCAUCCCUUCUUUUUCUGUGGAUGUACUGUCCUCCGGCUGGUGCAUACAUCGCUAAGGGUUGGUUUUGGUGGAUGCAUUUUUACCCUUAAAGUCAAAUAAUUUAGUAAAAUGAGGAUUUUAAUCAAUAUUUUUCAUACUAAAAGACUUGAUUCUUGUUGCCUGUGUUGCUUUUUUCAUAAUGGCCUCAGCGGCUGUUGGGCUCUCAUCCUUUUUGUUCAAGUCGACCCGUUUUUGUCUUUUGUUAACUGUCUCUGGCUUCGCUGUUUAGCAUGUAAGAUUCAUCUUCUCUGGGGUUCCUGCUCGUCUUCGAUUUAGACCCAACCUCUUUAGUUAUUUCAUGUUUUGUCUUUUGUCUGAAGGUAGGAAGGACUUUCUGUUGCAUGGGCCGCUUACAGUCAUGGUAGCUUGCAAUUAACCAUUUUUGUUUACCCUGUUGCUUCAUAGUUUAAAUCUCUCGAUGCCAAAACAGAAAACGCCUCUGGCUUCUCUGUAGAUAGUAUUCUGUGUCCAGGAUGUUUUGCUUGUUUUUUGAGGCACAUGGCUCCGUGUUUUUGUAACCCACCUGGUUUGCAUGGCGAUAGCUUUGGUCCGGCUUUGGUUCUGACGCCCCCCUGUCACAUGAAAUAGUGUGUUUUGGAGGAAGUGAAAGAGAAAAGGGACAGAUAAACAGCAGAGAGUACAAUGCAGGGACUGAAAAGCUUCACACUGCGGCUUAGUGAAGAGCAUAAAAGGCUCAAUCCGUUUGUGGAAUUUCCAAAGCCAGCCAAUCAGUGAGAGGUCAAGGGUUAAUAAACUCCAAAGACUAUCCAGUGUGCACAUUGACCGAUCAUUGCCUCUAAUUGUCAGUUUACGGUCAUCGUUGGCUCACUCAGUCAAGUACAGUCACUGAAAAAUAACAUUAUAUUAUGACUGGGCUGCAACAGCUGACUGUAUGUAUUUUACCUCUGUCUUAUUUCUUCCAUCUGUCGUUAAACUUUAACGACAGCCCCAUGAACUUCAGUGGCCGAAUUUUACAAUGCAGUGGACUUGCACAGAAACCACUAUAAGUCUGUCAAUUUAAAGAAGUAGUUUAACAUUUUUAUAAUUUAUAGCCGUCUUUCCAAGUGUGAUAUUUAACAGAUUGACAUCUGUUAAAGGUACAGUGUGUACAAAUUGUAAUAUUCAGUGAUAUCUAGUGGUCAGUCCCCAGCUCAUCUAAUCCAUCGGUUAGGCAACAUAGCUCUAGAAGACAAGAUGCUCUUGUGAGGCAUCAAAAACAUCUACCACAACCACUCUCUUCUCUUUCAACCAAUGCAUUUUGCACUGUCACUCACUAAAAACAAAAUAUGCAUGUUGCUAGUUUGUGCUGUGCAAUGGUUGGCAGUGCAAGAUGGCCGCCUCCAUGGUAGAGGACCUGCUUCUAUGUAGAUAAGAGGCACAUUUGAAGUAAACGAAAAAAGUGAUUUUUAUACUCAGGUAAUCAUUUGCAAAUUUAAAUGUACUUAUGAAUAUUAUAAUCCAUUUCUAGCAAAUAUGGAAAACCACACACUGUACCUUUACAACAGUCUAGUAACAGCUAGCUUAGCUGAGCUAAAGCAGGGGGAAAGGCUAGACAUGCAAAACCUCACUUACAAAGGUUGUACUGCUUCCUUUUUCUGUAGAGUGUAGCAGAAUAAACUUUUUAAUAUAACUCAUACAUUUCUGAUUUAUUAUAUUUAUGUUUUCAUCUAGCUGUAGAGGGCAGGAAAAAUGUGAAAAAUUUGAGUCAGACUGUCUAAAACAAAUGAAAGUUGAAUUUUUGUGUUUGUGUUUGGGGCGUGACUUACUUUCGACCUCCUGUGAGCUCUGAAUUCAAACUCCACUACUGCUGACUUGGACUUUCUCUGCCUGGGCUUUGCAUGCUUUACCCCUGUUGGCAUGGGUUUCCUUAUUCAGUAUCCUCCAGACACUGACCUUAAAAAACAUGCAUGUUAGGUAAUGCUCCUGGCUCCAGAGCGACGUUGAGGUUGGCUUUUUUUUGUCAAAAAAUCUUUGACGGUUCACAUGUAGAGGUCAGAUUUCUCUCACAGGGAUUAAUAAAGUAUAAUUUAGUGAGUUUAGUGUAAUGGCUGCAGCUUGGGCCAGCCUGUUGGGGGAUAUUAUUACAAGCCAGUGAACCAAACUCUAAACAGUUUAUAUGAGCCGCAAAGUAUUUGGUUGUAUAUCAGCCAAGAAAGGUUCAGAUUCUUGUAGUCAUCGUCAUUUUUAUUCUAAGCUCGCCUGAUUCUAGAUUUAGAGACACUUGGGGAGGCAUGACACGCACUUUUUAUAAGUUAUAACACGACUAACAUACAGAUGUUUGAAGUCAGUGAUUCCUAUUCAUGCAUGUUACUCAGUAAUGUCUGCUUUUUCUUUUGAUUUCCUUUCAUUUCUCCUUACUCUCAGCAGACUGAAGCACAACAAUUUAUUUUCUGGAUGGCUUCAUAGAAAAGCUCUCUCCCUAGAAAGCUUUCUGUGUAUUAUGUUUCCUCCUGUUUUUGUUUGAUCUUCACUCUUCUUCAGAGCAGUUCUGCCUGGGGGUCUCAGUGUCCGUGAUGCAUCUGUCAACAUUGUGUCCUGACGUUGCCUUGUCUGCCAGAUAACACUGUUUUCAUUAUAACAGAUUGGCCCCACAUGUCAUCAAAACACAGGGAGAGUCAUGUGAGGGCUCACUGUGUCACUUCUUUGAUUUAUCUCGUAGCAGAGAGUAAGACAGUAAAAGCCAGACAAGGGAGGAGUAGAAAAACAGGAUAGUGUUAGGAGUUAAUGACUGUGCCAUUUCAGGACAAAAUUUUAUGGUAGUGUAAAUAUAGAGCACAUCGAAACUCAAUUUGUCAGCUGUUUUGAGGUUUGUUGUUUUGCUCGAGCAGAGAGAUUUCAUCACCAUCUAAUAAAAUGCAAAAGAAAAAUUUGCCCUUUUCUUUUGCUUGUUUAUUUUCCAGCCUUCAUUCGAUCACUUAUCUGAAAUUACAGGAAUUAAUCAGCGUUUCCAGCGUGCCAUUACUAAUUUAGGCACAGCUAUUUAUAACAGCAGAGCAUGAAUACGGUGGACUGCAAGCAUGUAAUUUUUUUGUCAGUGCACACGCUCAUUUGCCUCUGCUGGCAGUGACCUAAAAUACUCAGUGAAAGCAAAAUCAAAGCACGAGCCAACAUUUGAUUUAAUAAGCAUAUUUUCCUAUUUAAUGUUGUACUUUGAUGGAUAUUGUUUAACUCUUAUAUCCAAAUACUGACAUACCGUUUAAACUUAGCUCAGAGUGCAUACGGUUCAAAUCUCCAGUAGCUGCAGGCUUCAACUACAAAAAUAUUUGAUCAAUUCCAACCAGAUGAGAAUCCUCCACUGUUUGCUCCACUGACACAGUUUAAUCUCUGUUUUCUUCAGCAUUUGACCCUCAGAAAUUCUCUCACAUUAGUUUGAAAUUUCAGGCGUUGGUGAGGCAGCAGCUGAGUCUAGAGAGACUCUGCCCUCUACUCAUUCUUCCUUCCCCCGGGUGCUUUUUAUUUCUAAUUGCCCCAAAAUGCACCCAAAGACAAGGCAUUUAAAGAAACUAGACCAGCUGAUGAGUGCAGAUCAAUACAGGGCCUGUCUGUGAGGUAGAAGUGUAGGUGUUAGGAGUGCAGGUUCGUUUGUGCUCCGAAAGGUCUAAAGAUGUUCUGCUCAUUAGGGAUGUUAAGCUGGAAGGAGGGCGUCAGCGUCACCCGUCAGGAGGCGUCAGUGCCAAGGAGAUGGUGAUUGGGCUGGAAGGAGUGGAGCUGGGAGCUGAUGGAAAGGUGAGAAGUCAGCAGAGGUAUGAUAUUGGGGGGGGGUCAUUUUUAUGGUAUUGAACAACAAGAUUGAUGCAUUAAAGGGAUAUUCCGGCAUAAAUUAAUUUAGGGUCAGACACACUGUAACACCGAGUUAGACACCCCGUCGUUACUGAUGUUGGUAUAACUAGAGAAGCAAGCUGUCGGCAACAUUCAUCUCUCGAGGGGGUGUCUAACUCUGUGUUACAGUGUGUUUGACCUAGCUUUAUUUUACGCCGGAAUAUCCCUUUAAUAUAAGACUAUCUCAGACUGUGUGACUCCAGUGACUAUAAAAAAGGGAAUAGGGAGAGAUCAAUGUAAUAUUUAGCAGGUAACUCCAACAAAUCACCUAUUUUUAGUGAAGUUGAUCCAGGUGUAAGUGAAAUCAGGUGUAAUUAAUCAGAUUAUUAAUGAUUCCAUUCCAUUCAUACAAAUCAGAGCCAGGUUCCUGUUAUUGUGUAUUCUGGCUCAUUGUCAUGAUAUACUAUGACACCAAUAAAGUUCACUGUAGUUAAUCUAAGUUGAGGCACCUCCACUUUUCCUGCUUUGCCAAAAUACUCCAGUUAACAUACCUAUUAAUCCAACGGGUGAAAGAUAAGAUAAAAAAAAAAAAGUUCUAAUCAAAUAACGCUGUGUCCUCAGACCGUGUCCUACACUCAGUUCCUUUAUCCCACUAAUGUGCUGGGGGGUCGAAGAAACACCAUCGACUCCACCUCGUCUUUCUCUCAGUCUCGUAACGCCAGCCACAGAAGCCUCAGCCUGGGCCGAGCCAACAGCAACCAGAGCAGCAUAGACACAGGUCAGUCACAUGGUUUGUGUUAGCAUUUUUUUUUUUAUUAAUCAGUUCAUUUCAACAAAAAUCAUGUUAACAUCUGGCUCCACCUCUGUUUUUGUUUUUACUGCUGUGCUUGUCCAGGGAAUGAUUUGGGGGACUUCAGGGAGUAUGACCCAAAUCUACUGGAUGACCCGCAGUGGCCUUGUGGGAAACACAAGAGAGUCCUUAUCUUCCCCUCUUACAUGGUGAGAAAGUAAACUAGCUGCUUCUAGUACAACAUCUCCACUAACAACAACAACACUAAAACGAUUAUCGUCUGGGGGAACAACAUAGAAAGUUUUGUUUGAGUGUUUAAAUGCCCUUUAAUACGACAGCGUUUCCUUUUCAGUGCUUAUUUUUGUCAUUGUUGAGAUCAUCCAGAGACAAUAACACGGUCGAAGAAUAUGUCUGCCUCAACAGUAUCUUUCUCUCUGGAAUAGUCCUCAAAAGAUUUAUCAGCUCUUUUUGAAAAGAAGCCAGCAGGAUGUUCAGACUUUUUUUAAUCAGCAAGGUCACAGGCUGGGACCGGAGAGAAUAAAUACACAUACUUUAUCACAGUGUAGUGGGCAGGAGCUUUUAAACACAGCAACAGUAGUGUUUGUGUCUCCGCGCGAGUGACUCUCACACUUUUCCGGAAAAGAACGGAUGUUUUAUCGUGGUUGCAAAAAAGAAAAACAAACCGGACUAGACUCCCACCUCAUUCUUUCCCGGGCUCUGUUUUUGUUACACAGACUGGCAGAAUACACAACAGGGACUGACAUAGUUGAAAUGUUCAGUCAAGGCCAGGCUACAUGUUUUUUUUUUUUUUUUUUUUCCUGCUCUUCCUCCAAUUACAAAACCCAGUGUCUCACAACAAUAGCUAUUGUGUUUACUACAGGAAUGGAACCAGUAAAUUCUCAGCAUUUCACGGGUUGAAUUCAGGCUGCUCUGAGGACAUGACUCUUAAAGUGAACUUUCAAGUUCGACCUGAGGUAAAAUGAGCUUUUAUGCUUGUGCAGGCAAAUAAAAAAUGAGCUACCAGUAACUUUAAAAAAGAAAGGAAGCGUAUUUUCAUAUUCAUUUGUUUUAAGGAGUAGUUUUUAGUUUUUUUUAACUAUUUGAAUGGGUCAUGAUCAGAGCCAUCCCAAGCCUCAAUGGGGCCCUAAGCAAAAUUUGAUUUUGGGGGCCUCUACUUCUGGCAAUAAUACUGAUUGUUGAUCAUUCACAUAUCUUCACAAAUCUCUUUAACAUUCCAUGACAUGCAAACAUACAUUAAUCUUUUUUCUCUUCUUCUUCUUUCUUUCCUCUACCGUCUUCUUUUACAUUAUUUUACAUUAUUUUGCCUCACAACUACCUGCUCUUUGGAUGCUAAGUGCACAUUGCACAGCAGAAAGCACAGAACGGUAGCAGAGCUUUGACAUAUCGGCAGUAAGAAUCAUAGGUCUACAUCAGCAGCAACACUAAAAUGUUUUUACUUUAUUUUAUUUUUACAAUAAUGCGUAUUUGAUCAUACAGAGAGCAUCACUCAUCACAUGCAAAAAAUAGAAAAUAUAUAUAAUUUUUUUGAUUGCUCUCGGGGGGCCCCCUAUUGGCCGCGGGGCCCUAAGCAGAUGCUUAGUUCGCUUAUGCCUUGGGCCGGCUCUGGUCAUGAUGAGUAGAAAACUAUUUUUGCACCAGGCUAUAAAAACAGGCAUUUUUAAAUGGGGUCUUUGUAGUUUUAAGGGACAGCUUAAGUGCAGGUUUUAACACUUUCGUUGCACUACGAUGAUUGGGUUAGGGGGUUUUUUAAGGCAAGUACAAAAGAGCAAUAGAAAGUGUAACAGCACAGACAGAAGAAAAUUUUUAAUUUGUGUAAAGUCAGGCUAAUGGUGCAGGCAAAAUGUUUCUGCAAGUGUGAUCAGUCAAAGUUCAGCCAGGAAGUUGUUCUGUAAACUGUGCUGUAUGUUUAUGAAGUAUUGUUUGUUUUAUUACCACAUUUUACUAUUUUUGGGGGCUUUAUUAGUGGAAUGACAUAACAACCAGUGAACAAGUGAUUGCCUUGAAAAGAAAAACAAGUGAUCAGACAGGAAGAGAGAGAAAAACAACACCAAAAACUACACGGAGUAGGAGCUCUGUUUGCAGAGAUCUCUCUUGUCUCUGCAGAACAGCUUAAACAAAUUAUGGAUUGCAUAAAUCGCUUCAAUGCAGAGAUCUUACUCUGAGCUCAAACUCUCAGCACCUCAUUAAACCAUCUUAAUGUGAUUCACUCUCCUGAUACGACAUGUUCAAACAGGCUGCGUGGAUUGUUCAAUGUAGGGUCUGAUGGAGGCGUGGAAAGCUGGUUUUGCAUUUAAGUGUGUUUAUUUCCAAUAGGUUUUAACAGAACAUGACAAGCAAAGAUAAUCUGUGAAAAACAAACAAAACUAACAUGAUGUUUAUCCGUCUCUGAGUGUUCACACUGGAAGUGGAGGAGGAAGUUUGUUGAGACAGCUGACACUGCAAACAAACAGGACUAAAUGAUGAAUUUUUGAGGAGUGUUUCCAGCAGAGGGAUGAUGCACAUUUGCUGUGGAGGAAAGUAAUAACAGCAGCAGCAGGAUAGCGUGUGGGACUGACCGAAAAUAAACCACUGAGUUCAUGUUUAUUGUAAUGAAGGAGCAUGUCAGCCAGUGCAACAGUGUGACUCACACUAAAUAUGACUGUGUUGACAUAUUGGGACAACAAUGGCGCUCUGUGUUUGUGGACACACACAGUAGGAUGUGUGUUAGUAAGAUCAGUCUUGUUGUUGGCUCUGGUCUUGUCCUGGGAUUUGUUGACUACAAUAGAAAUAUAGAAUACCACUAAAAUUAUCCUUUAAGGGUCACGUUUGAGUGUAACAGCAGAUCCCCGUAAAGCCUCACUGUGAGACGCUGGAAUCCAACACUAGUGUGCGAGGAUCCGGUCACCUCCGCUCAGCUCUGACAAGGCCCUCUGGUUUUCUUUUUCAGACGACGGUCAUUGAAUACGUCAAACCCUCCGACCUCAAGAAGGACAUGAACGAAACCUUCAAGGAGAAAUUCCCACACAUACGGCUCACGCUCAGCAAGAUCAGGAGGUGAAACAGAAAGAUUUACACAAACACAUACUCAUACCAUGAGUUCAUAACUGAGGUCCUGGGUCCCACUUAUCAUAAAACAGAGUAGAGACGAAGGAGCAGCAGCAGACCGCCUGUAAACUGGCCUGAUGCAGCUCUCUGAGAGAUGAUUCGGCACUUUUAAAAACUGAAAUUCCAUCAUUUUGUUGUUAAUCCAAAUGCUUGUGCCUCAUCAGGUUACUAAUUUAUUGACCAUUUGUACUUUCUAACUGUUCCUUUACGAUCUACCAGAAGUAGCUUAUAUUUCAAAAUAAAAGCAUAGUUUUAAAGUGUAGGAUAAAAAUCAAAAUAAAAGUUUCAGCUACACAGCUGGUGAUGUGGAUGAAACAUAAAUUUUAAACACAACUCGAAGUGGAUGGUAGCAUGUAAGUGAAUUGUGUUUAUUAUUCAAGAGGCUGCAUCUCAAUGACAUAACCUGACUAAAUAAAGGUUCAGUGAUAAUGAUUAGUAAAAUUGGCAUCAGUACCCAUUAGCUUUCUUCAUAAAAAAACUUAAAUAUUGCAUUGAAAACAACAGCCUCUGUCUCAGGCUGCUGCUCUUCGUCUCCAGAUCUUGCCUCCUCCUGUCUGGACUCUGAAUUCACAUAAGCGCCCACUCACCAUGCGUUAUUCAGUACUUGUAACUCACUGCAUCUUACUUUAAUAUUCAUUGUAAUUUGUAAAAACAAACAGAUUGGAAAUUACAGGACAAAUAAUUUCAUAGCCAGGGUUAUAGUAAGAAAACAUCACCACAGAUGUUCAGUUAUGCAUAGCAGUGACCUCCGCGGGCAUGAAAGCCUCAUACAAGAAAGCCUGUGUGACCCAAACUGGCCUGAGUGGGCUAUAGUGGAAAAAUAGGCUAAUAAAAAAAUGGGAAUUAUAAUGACAUGAUUAUUUUUAAAGGGGAUUCUUUUAGUUUGAGGGCAAAAUUCCUGCUUUGAAUCUAGGUCAAAACCAAAAAGAGGAAUCUACAUACACUCCAGCGUCUCCAAGAGAAAAAAAAAGAGUAUUCGUGCUUUAAUGGUGGAUUGUAAUAGCUGUUGCAGAUAGAAACUCUGCAGGUUUGGUGACAUAUUUAGAGGAAGUCAGGGUACUCUAUCUGCGCUCUAUUUCAAACGAGUCAAAACAUUGUGAAAUUUUAAAACCGUCAAAUGUUUACCAUGGUUGCUCCAGGUUUCCUCAACCACAACAAAAAAAAUGACUCUGUUUUUUCUGAACUUCCCCCUCUCUCUGUUGUCCUUCCUCAUUCUCUCCUUUUUCACGCCCCCUGCAGCUUGAAAAGGGAGAUAAGAAAGUUGGCCCAGGAUGAAUGUGGUUACGAAGAACCCACGGUGGCCAUGGCUUUCGUCUACUUCGAGAAACUGGUUCUUCAAGGCAAACUAAACAAGCAGAACCGCAAACUCUGCGCUGGAGCUUGUGUCCUUCUCGCGGCCAAGAUUGGGGGUGAUCUCAAAAAACAUGAGGUCAAGCAUCUUAUUGAUGUAAGUUCACUCACUGAAACCAGAAUUUGUUCCUUUAUUAGACCUGUGUCUUUAUGCAAGUCUCAGCCUCUUCAGACAAAGUCAACAAACCCCUUAUGGCGAGAACUUUUCACUUUCAACGCAACGUUUUGGUUGACUGAGGGCUGAAAUGACUGAUAAUUCAACCUGAAAUUUUGCUGAGUUAACUUCUGGGUCUUGAAACACAGAUAUGAAUGUUAUCAGGGACACCUCUUGGUUUUAAGUAGACGAGAGGCACCAAAGCAACAGAGGUUAGAGCCCCUCCACUAAUGUACACUGAAGAGCAGGAUGCACACAGAUGUAGUGAGAAGAUGGGAACUGCUCAAAAAAAUAUAUUUAAACAUUUCUCUGGGCUCAGAUAUCAGGAAAAAAACUUCAUGUACGACAUAUAGCUCACAAAAUUGAAAAUUAAUCAUCUCAAAACACCAAGUAAAAUCCAGAAAUGUCGAUCUUCUAGAAAAUUCUACUCCUUUACAGCUGCACCUGUGUAUUUGGGUUUGUAGCGGAAAACAGUUUUUGAUAACCGAGGCUUAAUAAUAUGAAAAUGUGGAAGAAAUAAAAGAGUCCUUCAGUCAUGAUCAGAGAGAAACAAGAGCUCAAAUAACCUUUGAUGAUACCAGAGGCUUGUAUUUAGUGUCAGAUCUAGUAUUUACACAUAAACAACAGCUGGUGUUGCCAGUCAUCCCACAGAGUCUAGAACCUGUAUUCUCUGGUAUACACUCCUAUCAUCAGAGCUGAAAGAUCCUGAUCAUUAAAGGGACAGUUAGUGAUUUUUUUUUACCUUUUGUGACUAAUUUAAAGAAGUAAUUUCAAACAGGAUUUGAAAUCAGCCUUUUUUGCGUAGUGUUUUAAAUCAACCACACACAGUAUUGGUGUCACAGAGUCAACAGCACAGGUCAGAAUGAAAUCAGAUUUCCCACGGUGGAUCAGGUUACUCAUUACCACUAAGUCCAAAAAGAGAGCAGAUUUUAGGAGAAGCUUCUAAAAGGGGUCCAGCUCCAAACGCUCUGGCUCUGAAAAUCCCCGUAGUGCAGCUGAAAAAGUCUCUCUCUUCCCUGUGGACACAUUAUAAAACUCUUCCACAGGCUGCUCUGUUCUUUCUUUGAAAUAUAUGCAGAUUUUUAUGCACAACAUCACUUAAGUGCUCCUUUUAAAAAAGCUUUUACACAUUAACCUCAGAUUUUUUCACUCCUGGCAAAAAAAGAAAAUAUUUUCCCUCGUCGCAUUUAAACAUUUAACCUUUCUCUAUUUUAUCGUUAAAGGUGGGGUAGGCAGGAUCUGAUAAAGUGUCAGUUUUGGGGGAGAAAUCUUGAAUGUAAAAACUACCCCUCCCUUUUAAGCGCCCGUUAUUCCGCCAGAGUCUCCGGUAUUUGCUUCGUUUUCUUACUUGUGUUGGCAGUCAUGGCUAGAGGAGGAUUCAGACAAUUUUCUGUACUUUCUGGUUGGUUUCUACUGUCUGAUAUUGUAGCACACUAACUUUGUCUGGGCUCCUGAACGACACUAAGGAACAGCGUCCGCCUCACAACCAAUCAGGUCGGGGAGGCAGAGAAUGGCUUUGUUUACAGUCAGAAAGAGCGGACCACUCAAAAAUGUUAAAAUGUUGACUACACAGACAUAACAAAACACAGCGAUAUCGUUAUAUUACCAAAUGUCAUCAAUGAUUAAUAGCUAUUGACUGAUAUUAAAAGAUUUUUUGUUUAUACACCACAAAAAAAGAUGCAUCUGUAACAGAUACCUGCCUACCCCACCUUUAAAUAACACAGUGAUCUAAACUCCUACUUUGUUUAUUUGUCCGUCAGAAACUGGAGGAGAGAUUCAGAGUGAACCGCAGAGAGCUGAUCGCCUUUGAGUUCCCGGUCCUGGUGGCUUUGGAGUUCAACCUGCACCUCCCUGAGCAUGAGAUCAUGCCCCACUACAGACGCCUGCUGCAGGCCUCCUAGCAUUAGUAACCCAUCAGGAGGACUACCACCAGGUUCUCCUCCUGAUCCUCUGCUCCCCUCGGUGUCCACCCUCCCACCUUUCUCUCCACCCCCCUCUGACAGAUUAAAGGUACUACAGGCUGAAAACACCCUCCUCCUCCUCCUCUUUCCUCUCAGAGACCUGAAAUCAGCCAAAGGGACCCACAUAUCCAGAACUUUUUUCCAUUGUAUGGCUUCUACCUUCAUCACCACUACACAGACUACUAAAAGAAAGGGUUGUAGCGUCUGCAAACAAGUUUUUUUUUCUAGUUUGCAUGUUUCCACGUGUCUUCAUCUUUAUCAUUUUGCCUUCUCUUGUUGAUUAAGAGAACUUUGAAUCUGAUGAUGGACUUUUUCAGCUAAAAGAACCAAUGAUUGUAACUUUUUUUUAUUUUUUUUAAAUCAUCGCUUUUUCAUCGAUCUCCUCCUUGUAAACUUUGGUUUGAUUUGUUGCCUCCUGGCUACUGUAAAUUUCAAACAGAAGCCUUUCUAGUGGCUUUUCUUUUCUUUUUUUUUUUUGGCUGGACUUCUAUUCCUCAGAGUGGCUCAUGUUUCCUGAGGUCAUCGUCUUAAAAGUGCACUUUUUGAAUAUCGCGAAACUACGUGGGGAAGAGGAACAUUUUCUAAGACUUUUCUAAGCUUUGGAACUAACCCUGAGAAUAAGCUGUGUUCAUGAACACCAAACUCAAAUCAUUUGAAUGGACCUUUUGAGUUUUUUUUCCUCUCUCAUGGUUUGUUCAGUUUUCUAGCCACAGUUAUCUGCAUGAAUAAUAACCAUCAUUUGUACACGCAGGCACAAAGGUACGUGCAGACAAGAGGGGACUUUCUAUUUUCAUUGAAGUAUUCCAUUCAUUUUCUACCAUUCAAACGCUUGCUAUUGGACUAACUGAGACGAGAUCUACUUUUUAUCAGUGUCGAAUUUCCAGUGCUCUAUGUUAGAGUGUAUUGCUAGCACAUUUACAGUGCUAAAUGGAGUCAGGAAGGCAGUUUGGACAAAGUGUUUGAGUACAGAAAUGCCAUGAAGCAGUGACGGGGGAUCGGCAGAGGGGUGCUAAAGCAAGAGUCCCCAUUUCACUUCAUGCUUCACUUUAGCUGACUUGACCUCUAACCUCUUUCUCUCAGUGAUUCCCAACAUAACGGAUCAAGUAUUUACAUAUAGCUGGAAUGAGAAUUUGUUGAUUUGAAAUUGAAGACAUGUUUAGACCAAUAUGAAACUUAAAUUCAAGAAAUUAACCAAUGUGACUAAUCUGAAAAGUAUUAUUCUCUUAAUUUGGCAUGAAUCGCUACUUCCUUUUGAGUGUAAUACAGCCCGUUUGGAAAAGUGACUGAUUACAAAAAGAAGAAAUAGUAUUUGUAACUCAUCUUUGCACACGAUUGUAAUGUGAAAAGCAAAAAUAAUGUUGAUAAGAAGUGGAAAAAAAAAACAAACCCUGAGCUUUUGUUCUGUUUGAAGCCCAAAGAUUUUGAACUCAGAUGCACAUGAAGCACUCGGCGUGGAAAGACUCAGUGGCGACACUAACGACCUGUGUAUGUCUGUAAAUAAAUCGCUUUGCUUGUUCAAUCAAGAAAAAA